UUUCGCGAGCAGCGGCGCAGGGACGAGCUCUCGGCUGCAGACCGCCCCGGGCAGCCGCGGCAGGAGGAAACCUGCCUUCUCAUUUGAGGGAUCCUGUCACAGAAAUGUGUGAGUGUCCUUGGAUAAAUUUGGCUUGGUGACGGCAGUGCUUUCUUCAGAGACACUCCCACUUCCUCCGUGCGCCUUCUCUACCCUGACCUAAGUUUCCUAGUGUUGAUACCUGUGAUAAGUCAGAGGACUUGUCCCCUUUACACUUUCCUGCCAUUAGGUAUCCUCUCCUUUUACCCUUUCAGGAGGAACUGGCUGAGGUGUUUACAACUGUGGCUGCAGAGGAGAUGGGGGCCUCAGGAGUAGCUCUUUUGGCAGUGCAGCCUUAGCUGCUCUUGGGUUCUUAUCUGUACUGUAUUGCUGUUGGCAGAAUUUCUGGAAACUACUGGGGAUAUUUGACUAGCUCCAAUGGAGCUCCACUACCUUGCAAAGAAGGGCAGCCAAACAGUUCUGUGCGAUGCUGUCCACUGGAGUUCACCAGGGCCUCCUGGUGACCAGGCAGAUGCAGCAGCCACCAAAGCUGCUCUCUGCAGCCAGAGACACUGUGCAUCCAUACCAAGAGCAGCUGAGCUAGAAGGGUCUAAACUUAGCCCUGCUCCAGCUUCCCCCACCCCCUCUCUGCAAGACAGUGUUAUUCAGCCAGACUCCUUCCCAUCAGGACCUCUCAACUCAGGGAACAACCAAAUUACAGCGGAGCGGAAAGUCUGCAACUGCUGUAGCCAGGAAUUAGAAACUUCUUUUACAUAUGUGGAUGAGAAUGUCAACUUGGAGCAGAGGAACCGGAGCUCCCCUUCAUCAAAAGGGAGUAAUCACCUGGGAGACCUCGGUUGGAGAAAUUCAAAUGAAUGGUCCCAUGAGGCUGCCAUUUCCCUGAUAUCUGAAGAUGAAGACGAUACAAGUUCAGAAGCCACAUCUUCCGGGAAGUCAGUAGACUAUGGUUUCAUCAGUGCCAUCUUGUUCUUGGUCACUGGCAUCUUACUGGUGAUCAUCUCUUACAUUGUCCCACGGGAAGUGACAGUGGAUCCCAACACAGUGGCGGCCCGAGAGAUGGAACGCCUGGAGAAGGAAAGUGCAAGGCUGGGGGCUCACUUGGACCGCUGUGUGAUUGCAGGACUCUGCCUCCUCACCCUUGGGGGGGUUGUUUUGUCCUGUUUGCUAAUGAUGUCUAUGUGGAAGGGGGAGCUCUAUCGUCGCAACAGGUUUGCCUCUUCCAAAGAGUCUGCAAAACUCUAUGGUUCUUUCAACUUCAGGAUGAAAACCGGCGCUAAUGAGAAUACCCUGGAACUGUCCUUAGUAGAAGAAGAUGUUCUUGCUGUACAGAGUUAAUUCUGGUUGUGACCUUCUUGGAGUCAGCCUUGGCAUUUUAUAUGAAACAACAAACACAUUUCUUAAAGUUAACAGUGUAGUUUAUUUCCCUGGCAAGAAAAGUUUAUAUCCCAAAUCAACAGCCAGUGAGUGUUUUUGUUCUCGAUGUAUUUUUUAUUUAGAAGAAGUCCAUCUAAGAUGCAUUGAGAAACCCCAAUUGGCUACAUUUAUCCUUCUAAACAUCUGAAAUUAAUCAAUCAUAAUAGCCGUUAGUUUCUACUUAGCAAAAUGUUUCUAAUGACCUACUGUACAAAUGAUUUCUUUUAUAAGAUAUGGGAUAUUAUUCUUUGGAUACUACCAAGUGUCCUAAACACAGGAGAAUUAAUUAGUUAUCUAUUUUGUGAAAAAGAACAUAAGCAGUAAUGAUAUAUUAAGGUUUAAAUUUAAUUCUCAAAGGUGCUUAUCCAUUUUCUUGCUAAAUUUUUCCUUCCUAUAAUUUGACUAAAUAC